GUCUUCUGCGUCAUGUGGACAGAAUGCAAGAGGCACACUCCGUCGUCUCCGCCAAGAAUCCCUUCCCUCCAUUGUUCUUUUCCAGCAAACCCCAUUAUUUUCUCUCACUUUCUCGCCCCAGAAGCCUUCACUUUCUCGUCCUUUCCACCAAAACAAUCACUCCUCCUCUCAAACCCCACAAGGAAUUGCAGUCUGUAUCACCUUCUCCACUCUCCCCUCCCAGUACCCACUCCGACUUUGAGGAGAAAAUGCUCUAUUUAGACUCCAUGGGUCUCGAUUUCUUGUCUUUGAUUAACCACUACCCUCCGAUUACAACUACGUCUCUCUCUGACAUCAAAUCCACCGUUGAUUUCCUCGUUUCGAUGGACUUCACUGCGCUGGAGCUGCGUCGGAUGCUAUCCAUGUGCCCAGAAAUCCUCACGGCUCAGCCUUCUGCUAUUCUCCCCAUUUUCACCUUCCUCCUUCGGGAAGCCCGUGUCAACGGCUCUGAUAUUAAGAGGGUCAUCAACCGACGGCCCAGGUUGCUCGUUUGCGGCGUGGAAUCCCGGUUGCGCCCCACUCUGUACUUCCUCCAAAGCAUCGGGAUAGCCGAGGUAAACAAACACACUUCACUCCUCUCCUGCAGCGUCGAACAGAAACUUAUCCCUCGCAUUGAAUACUUCAAAAAAAUUGGCUUCUCUCGCCGGGAAACAGUGUCCAUGUUCCGUAGAUUUCCGCAGCUAUUCAAUUACAGCAUUAAGGAUAAUUACGAGCCCAAGUUGAAUUACUUUGUGGUGGAAAUGGGGAGGGACUUGAAGGAGCUAAAGGAGUUUCCCCAGUAUUUUUCAUUUAGUUUGGAGAACAGGAUAAAGCCUAGACACCAAUGUUGUGUGGAGAAUGGUGUUUGUUUUCCUCUACCUGCGUUGUUGAAGACCAGGGAUGCCCAAUUUCGGGAUAGAUUGGAAGUGUGUUGUAAUUCUAGCAUUCCCUUGAAGAAUUCUCCUUUGUGGUUUACAAAUUGUAAUAAUGAUUCAAUCGAGUUAGAAAGCUGAUUUCUUUAUCUUCUGUAUAAAAAUUUCGAAUUCGAUCCCAUGGAUAUCAAGAUUUGAGGUUUUGAUAUUGAUGGAGAUGAACUCUGCAUUUCAACAAAUAGAUAUAUAGAAUACAUUCUCAGGAUAGUCUUGCUCUAUGACGAUGGACAAGAAAUGAACUUGCACAUGAAAUUUUCUUGUUUCAGUUUCAGCAAAAUGAUAUAAUAAAGGUCAAAUAAUUAA